UACAGCACGUUCUUUUGAAACUGAGAAAAUACAAAAGAUUCCACACUGUCCCUGUGUAGAGCAGUUUGAGGAUUUGUACAUUUGUGUGAUAAUUCUUUGGUGUAUCAUCAUGACGAGUGAUGUGCUCUUGGUGCUUUUAUCAGUUCUAAGUCUCUGUGUCAGCUCUCGUGUGUUUUACUAUGUCUCUGUGCCAAUGAACUGGACGGAUGCUCAGAAGUACUGCAAACAAUAUAACACCGAUCUAGCAACCAUUUAUGACCAGAAGGAUGCUAUGUUGAUACAAACACAAACUAUGGAUUAUACAUGGAUUGGACUGUACCGGAUGAAUGAUAAUGCUCCCUGGAUGUGGUCCGAUCAAAGCACCUUCAAUUAUAGUUCAUGGUAUGGACAGCCCGACCAAGUCGGUGACUUCCCAAUCUGUGCAACAACUUAUCCUGAUGGACUGUGGGACGAUUGGCCAUGUGGCAAUGUAUUCCCUUCUGUUUGCUACAAUGAUUCUCUUUCAGUUACAACUCAAGUCACUGGAACAACAAUGCCCUCUACAGUUAUGACUCAAUUCACUGGAACAACAUCGCCCUCUACAGAGGAAAAGAAGACACAGAGAGUGAGAGUGCAGGUGAAAUCACGUCAAAAUAUGAAUGACCCUCAAGUGCAGAAAGAGAUUUUACAGAAGAUUGAGCAGAUACUGAAGCAGGAGGGGUUACCAUAUGAUGCCAAACUGUCUUGGAAAAACCAAACAGAUGGGAAUGUCUUCCAAAAGUUCCAGAAGCGUGAAUACACUAAGCAGACUUGCAAUUGAUGAGAGGACCUCACAUGAACCCACAGAAGAAAACAUCUGCUCUCCUAAAAACAUUAGACAGUCAAUUUAAACCUCUGCGCUUUGGGUUGAGAUUCUUGGUCUUGAAUUUAUCUGGCCUCUUAUCUGGUGAAUUUUUGAAUAUAUUAGAAAAUAUUCUGUUGAAUUUAAAGCCUAAUUAUUAUUAUUAUAUUUCAUGACAAAUGUAUGAACUUGUAUAUUACUAUCAUUAAAAUAAAAUCAUUUAUUACACAUUCCUCUGAAAUAUGUGAUUGGACAAUGGCAACAUCCUGAAUAUUUGCAUCAUGAGCACUCAAGUCUUGUCCUUAAUUUAAUGUAUCUCGUAUCACUCCACACUAGUCAUGUUUCUGUAAUUUUUAAUUUAUGUACAAUGUAAUUUAUGCACAAAAUUGGAAUAUUGUAAAAACAUUUUGUGAAUAAAGCAGCGAUGUGUU